GGCUCAGACCCCCUCUGCGUGUCCCGCGCGCGUGGCGUUGGCGUCGUGUUGGUGCCUGGGAGGCUGAGCUGCACAGCCAAUUGACGGCGGCGCGAUCCCAGCGUUGACCAGGCCGACCGAAUACGUCCAGGAACGACCCCUGUAUGCGGUGCGACGUGCGUACCGUGAUUUCUAUAUCCGCGCGUGAGCGUAGAGGCACCUUGGCUGCAGACUCAGAGGCGAUGAUGAGCUCUGGCUUUGGCAUUUUGCUGCGCCUAGAGCUCAGACGAACAACGCAUCUACACAGUCGCAGCGGUGCCCCAAGAAUCUAAGAAAAAGGCAAGACGCGAAACGGCUGCGCCGCGGAGAGUAACCACUCUCAGACACACUGCAGCAAACCUGCAGCAAACGCGCCGCAAGAGGUGAAGCACCAUGGGCGGCGGACGCAAAAAGAAGUUCAUCGACAAGAAGGCCGCGACGACGUACAACGUCGUGCACCGCAGCCAGCAGGACGGCGCGUUCGGCCUCGAGGACCGGCCGUCGGAGCGCGUGCUGCUCGCGCAGGCGCCCGUCAACGCCGCGCGGCGCGCGCGCGUCACGCGGGCGGGCUUCGCCGACGACGGCUACGACUACGAGCGCCACCUCCGCGCCGGCGGCGGCGGCGUCUUCGUAGGCGCCGACGGCAGCGUCUCGAAGGCGGCGGCGCUGCCGCCGGAGGCGCUGCCGGGCGAGCAGGAGCUCGAACGCGCCGUCGAGGCCGUGACGCUCGACGACCGGCUCAUGGACGCGGACGUGCGCGACGCGCUCUUCGACGACGCGGCCUUCGAGGACUGCGAGGAGCUCCUCGACGACUUUGUCAUGGACGCGUCGCGGCCGGCGGCCGACGAGCCGGCGGAGUUUGACUUCGACGCGCACGUCGCGCGGCUCAUCGCCGCGGCCGAGGGCGGCGAGGACGACGACGAGGACAACGCCUCCUUCGACGCGGCGCCGCCGCGCGCCCACGCCGCCGACGACGCGGCCUUCGACGCGGCGCUCGCGGACUGGUCGUCGGACGACGACGACGACGACGAGGAGGAAGAGGACGACCUCGACGCGGGCCGCAUCCGGCUCGACGACGGCGCGGUGCUCGGCGCGAUGUUGGAUGAGGCCAUCGGGGACCAGGCGCCGCCGAGCGACGCGACGUUCCUCGACCCGCCGCCGCGCGAUAGGAGUCGAGCGGUCGACGACGCGGUCUCGGACGACGAGCCGGGCGCCGCGGACCGGGCGCUGGACGCGUUCUACGCCGAGCAGGACGCCGCGGACCGCGCGCGCGAGGCGCGCUUCGACUGCGAGACCGUGCUCACGACGCUCAGCACGCUCGACAACCGGCCGAGCGUCAUCGGCGCCGCGCCGCCGCCGCGCGCGCCGCCGCCGUCGCGCGCGGCGCUCCGCGCGGAGCGGCUCCGCGCCGUCGCGGACCGCGACGCCGACGCGGCGUCGACGGCGUCGCGCGCGACCAUGGUCUCGCGGCGCGGCGAGUCCGCCGCCGACAAGAAAGCGCGCAAGGCCGAGACCAAGGCCGCGAACGCGGCGCGGCGCGCGGCCAAGAAGGAGACGAAGCUCGCCUGGAAGAGCGCCGCGGCCGAGGCGCCCGUGCGGCACGCGGCCGCGCCGAGCGUGUUCUCGCUGUAGUAAGGGACGGGUC